GCGACAUAACUGGAUUCCUUCCCUAAAAUCUUUACAAAACUGAUCAGCGAAAUCAUCCACAGCGGCGGCUUCGUUCUCCGGUGGCCCUGCUACCUUCUCCGGCGGCCCUGCUUUCUUCUCCGGCGGCCUUCUUCUCCGGUUCUUCCAUACUCCAAUCCAACAGUAAUCAAUCAAUGGAUCCAGCACCUGAGCCAGUUACUUACAUUUGUGGAGAUUGUGGGCAGGAGAAUACUUUGAAGGUUGGUGAUGUGAUUCAAUGCCGAGAGUGUGGUUACCGCAUUCUCUACAAGAAGCGAACUCGUCGAAUUGUGCAGUAUGAAGCCCGUUGAAGAACACCCUGCAAGGGAACGCAUUGGCACUAUCAAGUAUGAUUGAAGUAUAAUAAGUGAAAUUUGGAUCUUAUCUGUGUCAAAUGUUUGAUUGCUAAUGUGAACUUUUUCAUCCUAGAUGUCAUGUCAAUAGUUAUAACAUUAUAGAUAGACAAUUGGCGGUUCAUUUCA